GCCGUUUUGUAGGAUAAUCGGCGGGAAGUGGCAGGAACUGUGGGGUUCAUCAGGAUUCAUUGUGAUUGAGAAACUGAGUGAAUUUUGUAUUGAAAGCAAGCACAUCUAAUUUUUAAUACACAAUAAAAAUGGAUGAGCUUGAUGUUGACCAACGAGUACGUGAAUAUCAAAGGGAAUAUUUGGAUUUUUUGGACGAUGAGGUGGAUCAAGGUCUUUAUAGUAAAAAGGUAAAAAAUAUGAUUCAAGACAAGAAGAAACGGUUAUUAGUGAAUGUAAAUGAUUUAAGGAGGAAGAAUCCUCAGCGAUGUGCUAGCUUGCUGCAAUCGCCCUUUGAGGAACAACUUGCAUUUGAAAGAGCAUUAAAAGAGUAUGUGUCAUCUAUUGAUAUAACUUAUGCAAAAGAAAUUGAGAACUUUUUUGUAGCAUUUGAAGGCAGUUUCGGAAGUCGUCAUGUAACACCUCGAACAUUGAUGGCCAAAUAUUUGGGGCAUCUUGUGUGCUGUGAAGGCAUUGUAACAAAAUGUUCGUUGAUACGGCCUAAAGUUGUGAAAAGUGUUCAUUUCUGCCCAACAACCAGGAAGGUUUUGGAAAGACGUUACACUGACUUGACCUCAUUAGAUGCAUUUCCAUCAGGUGCUGUGUAUCCAACAGCAGAUGAGGAUGGGAACCCUCUUGAAACUGAGUUCGGACUUUCUAUUUACAAAGAUCAUCAAACUCUCACUAUUCAGGAGAUGCCUGAGAAGGCGCCAGCAGGUCAGUUACCUAGAUCAGUAGAUGUCAUCCUAGAUAAUGAUUUGGUUGACAUUUGCAAACCUGGGGAUCGUGUACAGAUCGUUGGAAGCUAUCGAUGCCUUCCAGCCAAACAAGGAAGUGUGACAUCAGGAACAUUCCGAACGAUUCUGCUGGCUAAUCAUAUAACUCAACUAAGUAAGGAGAGUUCACUCAAUGUGACACGUGAAGAUGUGGCCAAAUGCAAGAAAUUGAUUCGCAACAAACAUACUGGGGAUAUUUUUGAGCUGUUGGGGCGCUCACUUGCUCCUUCAAUCCAUGGCCACGAGUACAUCAAGAAGGCCAUCCUGUGUAUGUUGCUUGGAGGUGUGGAGAAAGUUCUGCCAAAUGGAACUAGGCUGAGGGGAGACAUAAAUGUGCUGCUGAUCGGUGAUCCAAGUGUGGCCAAAUCACAGCUUUUGCGCUAUGUAUUGUGCACUGCUCCUCGUGCUAUACCUACCACUGGAAGAGGGUCUUCAGGAGUAGGUCUCACUGCAGCUGUUACCACUGACACCGAGACUGGAGAGAGGAGGUUGGAAGCUGGUGCCAUGGUUCUGGCUGACAGAGGCGUUGUGUGCAUUGAUGAAUUUGAUAAAAUGUCCGAUAUGGAUCGUACAGCUAUUCAUGAAGUAAUGGAACAGGGGCGAGUGACUAUUUCAAAGGCUGGUAUCCAUGCUCGAUUGAAUGCUCGUUGCUCUGUCUUGGCUGCUGCCAAUCCCGUGUAUGGUCGGUAUGAUCAAUACAGAACUCCCAUGGAGAAUAUUGGACUACAAGACUCCUUAUUGUCUCGUUUUGAUCUUCUCUUUGUUAUGUUGGAUCUUGUGGACACCGAAUAUGAUAACCUGAUUUCUGAUCAUGUUGUGCGCAUGCAUAGAUACAGAAAUCCUGGUGAACAGGACGGUGAGGUUUUGCCUAUGUCAUCAUCAGCUGACAUGUUAGCAACACAAAAUGCAGAACAGACUGCAGACGAGCAGGAGGAGACACCCAUUUUUGAAAAAUAUGAUGCUUUGUUACAUGGGAAUUCACGUUCAAAGAAUGAAAAAAUUAUAAGUAUGCCUUUCAUGCGUAAAUAUAUUCACAUAGCUAAGUGCAUAAAGCCUGUUCUCACUGAAGAAGCAUCAAAUGCACUUGCUGAAGAAUAUUCAAGAUUAAGGUCUCAAGACACAGCUGAUUCAGAUGUUGCAAGAACCCAGCCAGUGACUGCUCGAGCUCUUGAGACAUUGAUUCGACUGUCUACUGCUCAUGCGAAAGCACGUUUGUCUCGAACGGUGAACCUCGAGGAUGCCCAGGCUGCAAUUGAGUUGGUGCAGUUUGCAUAUUUCAAAAAAGUUUUGGAGAAGGAGAAAAAACGAAGACGUUCUGACCAUGGUGAAGGUGCUUCGGGUGACGAGAGUGGAGAGGAGAGGCAGCAAACACGCAAGAGAUCACGUAGGCAGGUCCCUCGUGCACAACCGGGUGAGGAGGGCUAUGACCCUUACGACUGGGACUCAGAUGACGGCCCUGAAGAGGGAGAGCGACCUUCCACUCGAAGCCAGGCAACUAGCCACAAGACACAGUCAGCGCCUGGAUCUGAAGCUUUGUCAACAGAAGCAAGUGAGCCAAUGGAUCAUUUGCAAACACCUGCCACUGAAACGCUUGCAGGUGCAGAUUCUGGAUCUGCAACCAUCACAGAAGCCAGAUUUAAAACUUUCAAGACGAGCCUUGCCAAGGCAUUCCGAGAGGCACGUGCUCAUUCUUUACCACGAACACGUGUUGUAGAGGUUGCAAACCAAGAUCAGCCAAGUGAACCUUACACAGAUGGAGAAAUAAAUAAGGCUCUGGAGCAACUCACUGACUCCAAUCAAGUGAUGGUUGCUGAUGAUUUGGUCCUGCUUAUUUGAUUUGGUUUGUUGGUGAGAGUUGAAGGAAUGUACUUCAGCAAAAUACAAGGCGUGUUUCAUGAAAACAAAGUAGCGCUUUAUCAGAGACCUUUACCAUUAUUUCUAAACUUAUUUUCUUGUAGAUUUAUCUCGUAUCUUAAUCGUGCUUAAUUCUGAAAAUUUUGUUGUGAUGUCAGCCUCAUUACAAGGAAAUAAAUGGAUAUUCCUUCCCAUUAAACUGGCUUUAGUUCUGGUGUUAUCAUUUUUAAUGGAGUCCAUGAUGGUGAAGCCUCACAACUAGAUGUUUAUUCAUCUUAACGUAAACAGUAAUAUUACAUGAAAGAACUCAACACAUUCAAGUGAUUGUGAUAAGAUGGUUUGCUGUAUUGAACACAUUCUGAUGUUCAUAUUUGUGAAAUAUUAUGUUGAUGGUUUGUAAUAUAUUAAAGUAAACAUCAUAAUUAUUUUAUAUUUAACUCGUAUGAAUACUUGUUGAAAAAGGAUUUUAUCAUUUUGACUUAGCAAACUGUAAACACUGAGCCAGCAGGAUCUAGGGAGUCUGCUGUCCUAGUAUGUAUUUGAAAACUUUAUUUGGUUUUUUGUAGAAAACUUAAAUAGUUUGGCAAAUAAAAUCAUUGAUAAUGUUGAUGAAACUGAUUUACCAUAUUCACCUGAUUAUAAAUAAGAUGACUCCUUGAUUUUGAAUACUUUUGAAAUUGUUAAAAAUUAUUUUUUCUCAAUUAUACUUGCUUUUACAGGAAAAAACGGUGAAUUGUCGACAGAAAACGUAUUGCUGGGCCCUGGUAUAGAGUGAUUUUUAUAAGAAAGGACCAUUGUCGGCUAGCGCUGGCAACCUUACUGAAAGUUCUGUGGCCGUUGUGUUCUUCAGCCUAUUUGACUUUCCUUCCAUCAUUCGUUCAUUUGCAGUUGGGUUUGACAUUUGCUUUUGUGAUGUCCUCAUCGGAUGAAAAUAUAGUUUGCCACAAGAAAUAAUCGAAAUAAGGAAGUGCAGUUCUACUGUACUCUUCUGUAAAAAUCUUUUUUUUUUUAUAAACAUUGCAUUGAUAAACGGCCCCUAGAGAGUUUUAGCACAUCGACGCUUAAACUUUACUGGACCUUUAAUAAAGACCCUACUUUUGUUACGUGACGCCUGGAACAUCAAUCUCGGUAUACUCUCCGUUUCGGUCCCUGUAGCAAACCGAACUCGGUUCGGUAAGCGAAGCUUCUUCCUACAUCGAAUCGUAUGUCGGUUAUAUUCGUUUUGGAUUCUUGGUAUGUCUUGGAGAAGUAAAAUUAAUCAUUGUGGAAAAAAUCUGGCUGCUGUUUUUUGCAAAAUAUUAUGUAUGUCCUUGAAGUAAGUGUUGGCUUCCGCUCUAUCAGAAUGGAAGCCAAGGAAAAAUAUUGAAAUUCAUGUUGUUUCGCAAACAAAACGGGUGUCAUUCGACGCGUCUCGGUCUCCUGAUGGGGAACUAAAAAUUCGUUUUUGGAUCCGGCCAGAAGAUUGUAAGAAAUUUCCAAAACCGUUUUUUAUCCCUGCCAUUUUAGUGAGUAUGCCGAGAAUUAAACGCCACCGAAAUAUAGGCUAUGUAGGUUACGUCGAAUGUGACAAGUGAAUCGUCGUGAAUGUGCAUCCGUUUUAACGUAUUUUUAAAAAUACAUUUGAAAAAACCUACAAACAGUAUUGCGUUGAAACUUACUGAGCUUGAAGAACUGCAUCUCCAGUUGAGCCAUUCUUUACAAUGUAUUGUUACCGCGAACAACAUACAUUAAACUCAAAUUUCCUUAGUUUGGCAGGCAAAUGGCUUAAAAUGGCAGGAAUCUUUGAUUUUUAAUUAGAUCUGUCCAGUAUUUUAUUUCCCCUAGCAACGUUCCCUUUUCAAUAAGUCCUCCUUCAGUCGUGGGGAGUUGACCUACUUCCAGCGCUUUUGCGUUGUUCACAGUCACCUCACGUUGGUCCAUUGGUCCGCCCGAUGCUUGUCUCAGAGCCCAAUCUUGGUUCGCGACGGCGCCACUCAAGGCGCCUGGCUGCUCGCUGCCCUCUGCUUCCGCGCACACCGUUUCCCGGCGUCUCGUUGCCUUCUGCGUCGCCUUCCGCGUUGUCUCCCGUCUUCCUUGCACGGCACCUAAUCUCUCGUCGAUGCUGCUUGAACGGCGAUCGGAACCAGAGGAAUGAAUGUUCGACGGCUCGCUGUUUGUGACCGCCCUCCCUGUAGAGGUUGCAGCGCGACUUUCCA